GUAAGUGCAAACACUAUUAUAUCCCCUUCUUUCUACACUUGAAAUUGUGUCCAAAUUUCAUCUAAAAAACCAAACAAAAACUAGAAAAAGAUUAAAGCAAUGGCCCAUUUAGCCCCUUUCACCCCCUCUACGGCUAAACCAUUUGUCUCUACAUUUUCAAGAAAGACACCCAAUUUGGCCUCUCCAAGAUUCCUCAAAGUGUGGGCUUCUUCUUCUAAUCAAGAAGAAACACACAUCCAGAGGAGGAGUAUUGCAUUGGGGUUGGCAAGUGUGGUGUUGGGAUUGAGUAUCGGUGGUGGAAAUGCAAAGGCGGCGGCAAGGCGGCCGCCGCCACCUCCGCCGAAGGAGAAAAAAGACCCAAAUAUGAAUGGUGUUUUAGCAAAAGUUCUGGCCAGCAAGAAGAGGAAAGAAGCCAUGAAAGAAUCCAUAGCCAAGCUUAAAGAAAACGGCAAGCCCGUUCAAGGUCCGUCUCAAUAGAGGCACUUUAUCGGAAUUUUGUUAACUCGUCGAGCCCGUUUUGGUCAUUUUGAAAAAUUGUGUAGAAUCGCAUCAGUUCAUCCUCAUUGUUUCAGUUUAAGUUGAUGUAGCACAAACAUGACUUAUGUGGCAAAAGAAUGAAAAGGAUAAACUGAUUCUGUAGUUUGAAGAAUUGUUACCGUCGAUUUUUGUAUUUGGACGUACAACAUUUUGAUUUUCGUGGA